AUGGGCAGCAGCAAGGAGGGCAAGAUCCGCUCGGCUCCGGCCUACACGAUCACGGGUCGCGAGAAGCCGCCGCUGAUUCCGGUUAUGAUCUUCCCCGGACCCGGAUACUACGACGGCGAGUACACGGUGGUCAAACCCAAGCCACCGGUCUACUCGAUGCGGGGCAAGUACAAGAUGGGCAGCGAAGACGCGAAGCCCGGACCCGGAGCCCACUGUCCGGAGAAGUACUGGGAGAAGCGUUCGCCGCCGGCCAUUUCCUUUGGAAUUCUCCAUUCCCCCUAUCUCAAGAAACCCCUGCCGAUAAACCUCUCCCAUGUGCCCGCCUACAGCUUUGGAAUCAAGCACUCGCAGUAUUUGGGUCGCCUGAACGAGAAGAACUCCGAGUUUGACUAUAGCUUUUCCGGAAUCUGCUGA